GAGUAUUAGAUAUGUUGAAAAACCAAGUGACAACUUUGACAAGAGACAAAGAAGUGGUAGCAGUAAGGUUGAUAGUUAAACCCAAAAGUAUUUUAGUUAUUAUUUCUAAGGAUGGGGACUGGCUUGAUAAAGAUAAUAAGUAUAUCGAAAAAAUAGAAAUUACCUGA